AUGGUUGAGAAGAAGGGAAUCUUGACGUUCAAGCUCGUGCUUAUCGGCGACGGUGGGAUCGGCAAGGUGAGUAGCAUGGUGUUAAUUCAUGUUGGUCAACAACUGCGAUUACGGUUGGCACCAAGCGAGGAGCAAAUGCUAAAAGUAGCGUACAAUCGACAGACCACCUUUGUCAAGCGCCACGAGACUGGGGAGCUCAGGAAGACGUACAUCGCCACGCAAGGUGCUGAAGUGCGCCAACUCCGCUUCGCCACGAAUCGCGGCCCGAUCCAAUUCGAUGUGUGGGACACGGCGGGGCAAGAAAAAUUCGGUCCUCUUCGUGAAACGUAUUACCACGGGGCCCAGUGCGCCAUCAUCAUGUUCGACCUCACCGCUCCCACCACCCUGCGCAACAUUCCUAGCUGGACGUAUGAUGCGCGAAAAGGUCGUCAAUACGACAUCCCGAUCGUGGUUGUCGGCAACAAGGUCGACAUGACAGGGGAGAUCACCCUGGAGCAAAUCGCUCGCUACGCCCAGGGCGAGAAGAUCUGCAUCCUCUCUGCAAAGAGUAACUUCAACUACGAGAAACCGUUCCUUAUACUCUUGAGAAGGCUCACCCAGAAUCCGACGCUCAAAUUUGUCAAACCACCGGCUCUCGUCCCGCCCGAAGUACAGCUCGAAUCAGCGGCCGUAAAAAAGCUGGAGGAAGAAGUGCAAGAGGCAGCGAUCACGCCACUGCCAGACGAGGGAUACCUAGCCCUUUGA